GCCCCGAAGCGCCGCCGCUCUCCCGGCGGCUCCUCCUCCGCGCGGGGCGGGGGAUCCGCCGCCCUCCCUCCUUCUCCUCCUCCUCCUUCUCCUCCUCUUCCUUGGGCGGCAGCGGCUGCGGGAGCUGCGGAGAGGGCCAUGGCUGGGAACGCCGAGCGCACCUUCAUCGCCAUCAAGCCCGACGGCGUCCAGCGGGGGCUGAUCGGGGAGAUCAUCAAGCGCUUCGAGCAGAAAGGGUUCCGGCUCGUGGCCAUGAAGUUCGUGCACGCCUCCGAAGACCUUCUCAAACAACAUUACAUUGACCUGAAAGACCGACCCUUCUUCCCUGGUUUGGUUAAAUACAUGAACUCUGGACCUAUUGUGGCCAUGGUAUGGGAAGGACUCAAUGUGGUUAAAACUGGGAGAGUAAUGCUGGGGGAAACAAACCCUGCAGACUCGAAGCCUGGUACCAUCCGUGGUGACUUCUGCAUUCAAGUGGGAAGGAACAUCAUCCACGGCAGCGACUCCGUGGAGAGCGCGCAGAAGGAGAUCAACCUGUGGUUCAAACCCGCAGAGCUCAUCGACUUCAAGCCUUGUGCACAUGACUGGAUCUAUGAGUGAUGAGUUUCCACAAGGAUCUGUGCCUUCUAAUGCACCAUCUCAUUCCAGCUGCUGACCUGGGAGCAACCACGGUUAUCUUAGUGCUCAAAGUGACUGUCAAAUAAAUGGGUGUGAACUAA